UUUAUCAAAUAUAUUCUAUUUAAACUCAAUUAUAUACCAGCUUUAGUUAACAACAUGCAAUUAAUGAGGUUUCAUUUAUGUUUUAUAUCUUCUUUAUUGCAGCAUACUCUAUAUAAACUGUACGUGGAUUAUGGUAAUUGUAUAUUAUUUCUGGGACUGUACCUUGUUUUGCCUACUUUUAAUAUUUGAUUGUAGAAUUAUUUUUGAAUAUAUAGCAAUUUUAUCAGCGUGUCAAUAUAAUAUCACAAAUAUUUAGAUCAAUGAAUAAAUAAGUUUUAACAAAUAACCAAAGUUCAAUCAGUUUUAUACUUCAUUUUUACUGAUUCCUAAAUGUGUUCCCGGUUGGAUUGUAAAUGAUAUGGUCUGCCUAAUUUAUAUAUGGGACUGUGAAGGAGUUGUAUUGGACCUGAGGUAGAGAGGGCUGCUUUUGACCUGGAAAACAGUAGAAAUGAUUAUGAGAGAAAAAUUAACUAAAGGACUAGAGGACAAGAAAGCAAAAAGGAUCUGCACUGGACUCAACAAUGAUGAAAUGAUGGAUAACCAGAAAUUGAAUGUUGCUGUUAUUGGUUCAGGCAGCUGGGGUUCUACUGUAGUUCGAAUUAUUGGUAAAAAUGUGUUGCAACAUAGCUGUUUUCAUGAUACUGUGAAAUUAUAUGUACACGAGUCAAUUGUAAAUGGACGUAAAUUAUCCCACAUUAUCAAUAACGAUAGAGAAAAUAUAAAAUAUUUGCCUGGUUACAAAUUUCCUGAAAAUAUUAGAGCAGUUCCUGAUGUUAUAGAAGCUGCAUUGGAAUCUGAUAUUUUAGUAUUUGUUGUUCCACAUCAAUACAUUUAUGAAACUUGUAAACCAUUAAUUGGAAAAGUUAAACCUCAAGCUUUUGGUAUUUCUCUUAUAAAAGGAGUUUCUGUUAAGACUGAUGGGACUCUUCAAUUAAUAUCAGACUUAAUUAAAGACAUGCUUGGAAUAAAUAUGUCUGUUUUAAUGGGAGCCAAUUUAGCAAAAGAAAUUGCAGCUGAACAGAUUUCAGAAACAACAGUUGGCUACACAAAUGAAGAAAAUGGAAUAUUGUUGAAAAAACUUUUUCAUACAGAAUAUUUUCAUAUAACUUUGUGUAGUGAUGUACCUACUGUAGAAUUAUGUGGUGCUCUUAAGAAUAUUGUUGCUUGUGGAGUUGGAUUUGCUGAUGGACUAAAAUGUGGGGAAAAUACAAAAGCUGCCGUAAUUAGAUUAGGUCUUCUUGAAAUGAUUAGAUUUAUUAAAUAUUUUUAUCCAUCAUCCAAACUGUGUACCUUUUUAGAAAGUUGUGGAGUUGCAGAUUUGGUUACUAGUUGUUAUGGUGGAAGAAAUAGAAAAGUUGCAGAAGCACUUGUUAAUUCUGGUAAAACAAUUGAGGAAUUAGAAGAAGAAUUGUUGCAGGGGCAGAAAUUACAAGGUCCUCAAACAGCCGAAACUGUGAUGACAGUUUUAAAGCAUCAGGGAUUAGAAAAUCUAUUUCCACUCUUUACAAAAAUUCAUAAAAUAUGUGCAGGUGAAAGUGAACCAUAUGAAUUGAUCAAUACUGUACAGAAAUAUCCCCAAACAAUGGCAUAUGCCAUUUAAUCUUGAUGAUGACAUAGGAUUUAUUAAGUUUAUGUUUUAUUAGUUAAGCUGAUGUUUCAUUUUUAAUAUUAUUAGAAAAGAUUUAAAAAAAAUAUAUAAACUAACAGCUUGAUCUUGAUUGAUGACUUUCAUUUUACAUCUAACUUGAUUAGAUACAUUUUUAUUAUUUUUUUUUCAUCAGUAGAUGUCAAAACUUUGUCAUCAGUAUAUAAAUCAAUAUUUAA